ACAUUCAACAACCAACAACCAACAGCCAACACGACAACUCAACUUCCUUCACUCAACCCGCCAACCGUUCCCACAUUUGGGCAUCAAACUUCAGCAACCAACAAAAUAACCUCUUUGAUCUACUUUUGGCGCUGCGCUUUGAUAGUCAGCUCGGUGAUUUCCUGAUUCAACCUGUCUUCGACAACCAGCAUUGAACAGCGCCUUACAAAAUAGACAACAAACAAGAGUCUAGGCAAGACCAAAGAGUGAAAAGAACAAAAAUAGCCAGCUUAUCCCGCUCUGCAACACUCCCCUCUACUCCAGCAUGACAUACAGGAACCUCAACAAAACCUGGCGCGACAUCGUCUUUGAACAGUACGAAGCCGAUCACGCAGCUGACGUCCCCUUUCCAAUCCACUACACGAUCUACGGCGACCAGUGGAAAACAGACAUCAUCAUUGAUAUCCCAAACAAGAUUGGCGUCCCCGUCUUUCGUCAAGCUCUCCUCUACGCCGCUAGUACUAGACGCCUUGAAAAGGACCCAACAUACGAAGACAACCUGAUCAAGAUCCGAGCACGUAUUCCGCCAAGCAAGAAUGAUACUCACUCACAAGAUGACGCUGCUGCUCCUGGCAACAGCGGCUAAUGCUUGGACGUUCACUAUCUAUGGUGACGGCUAUUGCGAGAGUCGACUCCGUCCGGUGACCUUCGGGGAGACGGUAAUCAAGACUGUGAAAGUAUUCCAAACCCUUAUAGAGGGUUCUGGCUUGAAGAUUUAGGUGACUGCCAGAUUGAUCUGUAUGCCAACAAGGCCGAUUGUAAUUCUGGCGUACCGCAGCAGUUUUAUGAUGCGAACAAUGAGGACAUCUGCAUUGGGCCUCAGUUCCAAUGGGAUUACUAUACUGUAGUUGGCUGUUAGGAAGCUUUACCAUACUGGCACCGUGUAGCGAAGCCAUA